UGAAAUCAUCCACGAGCAUAACAAAGGAUUGCAAGUAUUUUUAGAUUCACGCCACCACCAUACGAGGAAAAACGAUUAGCAUGCCAAAAGAGAAAGUAUACGCAGCGGAGCCUCCUCGCUCCGCACUCUACCUGAUUCUCGUUAUUUAAGGUUACGUGAUCUCUCCGCUUUCGCAAGGUUUACGCACACUUACGUAUUCGCGCGAGUGCGGGGCCAAAAUCGCACACACUAGGAAGCAGUUACAUGAGGUUAUAUGCGACCAGCAGUAUGAGACGAGCAGUGUCCGCGAGCGUACCUACACGCCGAUUGCAACCAGCUGCCAGUGCCAUUCGAUUGUGUCAAGUGCACGACGUUUUUCAUGAAGAUUGCGUGCCUCCGAGAGCUGUGAUAAACGCACCCACGCGAACAUCGUGUCAGCCAGUACCCACCAGUUGAUUGGCCUGCAAUAAGGAAAUAUUGGAAAAUUUUCCAUCGUAAUAAUGGCAUUGAGACAGAAAGUGAUGGCCUUUUCCAGAGCCAUGGUGCCCCAGACGAUUUCGAAAUCUGCCUUGAAAGCAGCGAGGAGUGACCAAUCGGCCUUGAUUUUCGGUAGACUCCUGUCUACGACCAAUCCGCAGGCUCAGAAUAAAGAAGUCAGCGUGACGUUUAUCAGAGCCAGUGGAGAAAAAAUCGAAGCCAAAGGCAAAGUCGGAGAUAGUCUGCUAGACGUCAUUGUAAAUAACGAAAUCGACUUGGAUGGAUUUGGAGCUUGUGAAGGUACUUUAACUUGCAGUACGUGUCACUUAAUUUUUUCUAAAGAAGAUUAUGACAAAUUGCCUGAAAAACCUACAGAUGAAGAACUGGAUAUGCUUGACCUUGCUUAUGACCUGACAGAUACAUCUAGAUUAGGAUGCCAAAUAAUUUUGAGUGAAGAAUUGAAUGGAUUACAAGUGAGAGUUCCAGCUACAAUCAAUGACGCUAGAUCUUAACAUUUGAAUCGAUUCAAUUCAACUAGUAUUGAAUCAAUAUUUAGUUACAGAUGCAAGAAUUUUUAUAAUGCAAUCCAAGUGAUUUGUGAAUAAUCUGUAUGUAAGGUAUAUUCUUAAGAAAAGAAAAUUUCACAACUAUCACUUGGGUAGUAAAUAUUUGUACAUAUAUACAUACUAAAUUUGAAUGAUUACAUAGAAUUGAUAUUUUAUGUUAAGACAAUGUAUAAAGAUCAAUUACACUUUUUAAUUUUCACUCAAAUUUGAAGUUUUAACAUUGUUGAAAAUGAAAAGUGAAUAUUGUAGGAUUGUUGAACUGCUGAAAUGUCUAUGAAAUCAUGAAAAAGCUUUAUAAUAUUGAAAUAAGUUUUUAUUUGUGUCUUUGUCUUUACUUUGAACAUACACAGUGAUUUGAUUAUCUAUGAAUGUUGUUGUACAUAAAGUUAAAACACUUUUGUACUUUGUGAAUUAAAAGAUUCUGAUACAAAUCAGUUUGUAAUUAAAAUUAAGUGAAUUAUGAAAAUGAUUUUUUUAUUGAUGAAAAACUAAACUACUGACACAAGGAGGCAAUGACAGACAUAAUAAAUGUUUAUAAUUUAUACAAA